GUAAGAGAACGGAAACUGCGUUGCGCUAGACCGGGACUACACUACCAUCCAAGAUCCUCUCUAUGCCUGAUGUGUAUGCCUGGUUGCAAAAUCGUCAGUUCUGUUAGGUGGCGUUAUGGUCACGACGAGUGCGUGUUGUAGCACCUAAUCAGAAGUAGACUCAAGAGAAAGGAAGGAAAUGAAAAAGUAAGCUCACUGCGCCAGUAACCGAAUUGGAUUUUCUACCUCCACUGUUCGGGCAGGGUUUGCGGUGGUUCAAUUCGGUAGGAACUAAGGCGUAAUUUUGGCGAUAUGAAGUUAGUUGGAAUAGAUCACGCUCAACUUAAGCAAUCAACUCUGGAAAGUUGUGCUUCUAAAAGCCGCUAGCACGCUAACUAGCAGCUCCCCAAUAAGUUGUAUUGUAUAAGCUCAGUUAGCUGCCCGUUAUAAACCAACCAGCUACCUCGAGGAAGUCUCAGCAAAACAGUGCAGAUUUGGUUAGAACCGAAUCUGUAAAAGGUUUAAAUCAGGCUACGCAAUCAAAGGUAUGGCAUCAGAUGUGAUUGAGAGUGAAGCCCUGCAGUGUGACAUGAGUGACGUUAUAAACAACAGCCUCCAAGACCUCCAUACACCCAGGACCUGCGAGGACCUGGGUCACAAAGAAGCCUCCAGCCCUUCGUCCUCCGGUGUGUCAGGUGAGGUGGAUGAAGAGGACCUGGAUGAACUGAAACAGAGCCUAGUGUCCACCUGGGAAAACAGCGAGGAAGCAGUGGAAGAGCUUCCAGACCGAUCAGAGAGAAGCACCAGCCAAGACAAUGGAGCCACCGCCCCGGGAGAGAGGUGCUCCACACCCGUGGGUCUCCAUCAGCCACAGCCAGCCUCAGCACAGGAUGGAAGUCUGGAGCGGCAGGAGUCUGUCGCCACCACUGAGGCUCGCUUGCGGAUGGAAGGAGUGGAGCUUAAGGAAGAAUGGCAAGAUGAGGACUUCCCCAGGCCCCUGCCAGAGGAAGAGGACCUGGACGAGGAGCUGUUUGGCCGAGCAGCUGGGGACAAGGAUCCGGGCUACCCGGUGAACCAGGGCAAGAAGCCCAAGAAGAGGCUGGCCGCCCCGGACAUCAGCCUCACUCUGGACCGCAGCGAGGGCUCCCUGCUGUCGGACGAGCUGGAGGACAGCGCGGAGCUGGACCUUGACGACAUGGACACGCCCUCCGAGAACAGCAACGAGUUUGAGUGGGAGGACGACCUGCCCAAGCCCAAAGCCACAGAGCUGCUCCAGGAGGGCAUGGAGACGGUGCAGGAGUACUCGGCCUCCGAGGAGCGGGAGGAGGGCCGGCGCUGGAGGGUGUUCCGCAUCGGGGACCAGGAGCACCGCGUGGACAUGAAGGCCAUCGAGCCCUACAAGAAGGUCAUCAGUCACGGAGGUUACUACGGCGACGGCUUGAAUGCCAUCAUUGUGUUCGCAGUGUGCUUCAUGCCUGAGAGCAAUCAGCCAAAUUACCGAUACAUCAUGGACAAUCUAUUUAAGUACGUCAUAGGAACUCUGGAGCUCCUGGUGGCCGAGAACUACAUGAUUGUGUAUUUGAAUGGGGCGACGUCGAGGAAAAGGAUGCCUACGAUGGGCUGGCUGAGAAAGUGCUACCAGCAGAUCGACCGGAGGUUAAGGAAGAACUUGAAGUCUUUGAUUAUAGUCCAUCCUUCCUGGUUUAUUCGGACUCUGUUAGCUCUCACAAAACCCUUCAUCAGCUCCAAGUUCAGCCAGAAGAUACAGUUUGUGUACAACCUGACAGACCUGGCUGAGUUGGUCCCUCUGGAGUAUGUGUCCAUACCAGAUUGUAUCAAAGAGUUUGACGACGAAAAAAAUAGGAAAUCCCGUAAAAGGGUUAAUUUUGGAAUGGCGCAUUCCGUGAAACUCUCCUGGCUGUCUGGUCAGCCACACAGGGUUAGACUGUGAGCAGUUAACACCAAACGGACCAGGAAGCACACGGCAAAGUGGAGAUGGCGGCGGCAGCUGUUCCUGAGUGAGUGGGCGAACUGACUGCACUGAGACCGGGGAGACAAAAUGGAGGGCUGCGUGGAGACCACAGGCACUUGUAUACAGAUGGAUAAGGACUGGACACCUAUGGCCUUUUGAGGACGAGUGCCUCUCUGAAGCUCUGCUGCCUCGCCAGACGCUUGGAGCUGGCUUUGGUUAAGUGUGCAGAGUGCUUGAUUCCUAGAGCUCUUGUGAGCUACCUGAAAGAAAAAAGCAUUUUUAUAACCAUUUUAUGUACUUUAUCAUGCCAAAUGUUUCUUAGUUACUGUUUCAUCUACAAUUUAUUUGAGGCACUAUGUUACAAAAUGUUGAUGCAUGUUCUGCUUCAUUACAUUGAAGUAUAUAUAUAUAUAUAUUUAUAUUCAAAUGGUGACAAGGAGAGAGAUUAAUAUAUUUUUAUGUUUACCCUGAUUUAAACUGCCUUUUAGGUCUCUAUCCACUGAGAAGUUUUCUAGAGUAGAUUUGGUUCACACUUACACUGUUAACGUUCACUGCUUGGUUCUUGUUCGAGUUGUUUGAAAAUUAAAUGUCUCACUGUUGCCUCUCA